AUGCAUUCCGUCUCCAUCAUCGCAGUAGUCUUUGGCCUCUUCGCAUCUCAGGCCACAGCUACAAUUGCCCUGGGCAACAACGAUAGUAACAACCUGAUGUGGAUCUACGGCGACAACUCAUGCAGUGGGGUGGUCAACCCCAACUGCGGCUCCCCGGUGAAGCUGAGGAACGGUUUCAGCUAUGUUGUCAGGGGUUGCGGAACUGAUACACGCUGGAUCGAGAACGCUGAUGGCGGUUUUAACGCUCAGUGCUCUCGCGUUAGCCCUCCUUUCGCCACUGAUUGCGGUGUUCAGCUUACGUGGAAGUGUUGA